AUGAUUUAUUAUUUAAUACUAAUAUGUGUUGCGUUGAUAAUUAUACAUAUAUUAUUAAACUAUAAUCAAAAAGCAAUCAUGCUACGGAAAAUUCCUGGAUUUAAAGACACAUUUAUAAUUGGAAACGUUUUAGAAAUUUGUCUACCACCAGUGCAACUUUUUUCCUCGGUACGACAGUUAGCAAAAGAAAAAAAUGGAAUUUAUAGAUUUUGGAGCUUUCCUAUUGCGUCUGUUAACAUUUACAAUCCUGAAGAUAUUGAGGUUAUUCUUUCCAGUAUGAAAUAUCAUGAGAAAAGUCAUGCUUAUGAAUUUCUGAAACCAUGGUUGCGGGAUGGUUUGUUAUUAAGUUCUGGAUCAAAAUGGCAAAAGCGAAGAAAGAUUCUAACGCCAGCUUUCCACUUCAAUAUAUUGGGUAGGUAUCAUGCAAGCAUUGUCGAAAAUACAAUGCGUUUGGUGGCGAAGCUUGACAAAGCAGUAGGCAUCAGCGUUGACAUCAUACCAUUUAUGUCUGACUGUACUCUAAAUAGUAUUUGUGAAUCAAUAAUGGGCACAAAACUUAAGGAUGACACGUUAGGGAAAAGUUAUAAGAACGCAAUAUAUGAAUUAGGACCUGUUUUGGUAAAGCGAUUCAUCACACCUCAUUUGUAUAUAGAUUUUAUAUUUAAGUUGUCUACAUUGGGAAAGAUACAUAAAAAGGCACUUGGUAUUAUUCAUAAUUUUACACGUAGGAUUAUAAAUGAUCGAAAAAAAUAUGUAACAGAGAAUGGAAUAAAUUUCUUUGAAGCCGUGGAAGGUAGAGAUGAUGAAUAUAUAAUGAUGUACGCUAAGAAAAAGAGGACAGCAAUGUUAGACUUACUUAUUUUAGCACAACAAGAGGGUCUGAUCAACACAAUUGGUAUAGAGGAAGAAGUCGAUACUUUCAUGUUUGAGGGCCAUGAUACUACAGCAGCGGGGUUAUCAUACUGUCUGAUGUUGUUGGCUAACCACCCAUAUAUACAGGACAAAGUAUUUAUAGAACAAAGGGAGAUAUUUGGUGACACUAAACGAACCGCAACUUUAAAGGAUCUUAACGCGAUGCAUUACUUGGAUCGCUGCAUUAAGGAAUCGUUCCGACUUUACCCGCCAGUACCUUUCAUUAGCAGAUGGAUGAAUGAAUCGGUAAAAUUAAGUAAUUAUACAGUACCAGCAGGAACUUCAUGUAACAUACACAUAUACGACUUACAUCGCAAUGAACUUUUGUAUCCAAACCCGUCGUUGUUCGAUCCGGACAGAUUUUUGCCAGAAAAUGUUGCCAAGCGUCAUCAUUACGCCUACAUUCCUUUUAGUGCCGGUCCACGGAAUUGUAUUGGACAAAAAUUUGCAAUGAUGGUAAUGAAGUCAAUAGUGUCCGGGAUAAUAAGAAACUUUGAAUUACAUCCAGUGACGACUUGUUCAGAUCUCCGCUUCCAGAUUGACUUAAUACUGAGAAAUUCUGAACCAGUGUAUAUUAAAUUUACAAAGAGA